AUGGUUAUUAUAGUUUUCUAUAAGCCAAAAUUUAAAAAUGUGGGCUUUGAAAUCAGAUUUCAGUUUGAAUUCUGGCCAGUGCUCUGGGUAUUAAACAUAUCUAGCAUGGGGAUGAAAAUAUCCGUGAUUUCAUCCUUAUGUGGAAAAGGGCUUAGUACUGUGCUGGCCAUUUAGUAAGUGGUUAAUAAGCUGUGCUAUCAUUUACCUGAUCAUUGCUGCCAGAGGUUGGAGAUCCUUGGGAUAUGAAUGAAGCUGCCCUCACACAUUUGGACUAUCUGAUUAGUAAUAAGGACCAAACCUAAAAGAGAGGUAGUAAAUGAGUUGAGGUGGACUGGGGCCUUUCCAUUUGUCACUGUGGAGUCCUGUAUGUCUCCAUUAAGGCUUAGGUUAUAUGGAGAUGACUGGGUCUGUGAGGCUUAGGCUUAGGGGACCUAUGAGGCUGGACCAAAAAAAAUCUAGACAUUAAUGCAGGGCUAGAGCUGGAGGUUCUGUUGUAGGUUUGCUCAUGUGGGCGUGUGACUGCAGAUUAUAAUCACAACCCUGAGUAAUAAGUGCAAAGAGGAAGGAAGGCAGGAUGUGAAAUCUGUUGACCAUGUUCCACACAGUCUGGAGUGUACGUCAGUGUGAGCUAAGGACCAGCAGAGACCAGGAUGGAUGAAGGCCUGUCCAGGGGCUGAAUGGACCCAGGUGUCAGCAGGGCCACCUAGUGAAGGUAUGGAGGUGAGCCAGCCAUGAGAGGGUAUCUUGUGGCCAUAUUCCUGAGUGCUGUCUUCCUCUAUUAUGUACUGCAUUGUAUAUUAUGGGGAACGAAUGUCUAUUGGGUGGCACCUGUGGAAAUGAAACGGAGAAAUAAGAUCCAGCCUUGUUUAUCAAAGCCAGCUUUUGCCUCUCUGCUGAGUCAGAACUCUGCAUAUAUUUUAAGAAAAGGCAUUGAGGAACUCAAUCAAACCGGUAUUCUUUUCAUGCAGGUUUCAUCAGUUUCACCCUUUUCUGUGUGCAGCUGAUUUUAGAAAGAUUGCUUCCUUGUAUGGUAGCGAUAAGUUUGAUUUGCCCUAUGGGAUGAGAACAUCAGCGGAAUAUUUUCGACUUGCUCUUUCAAAACUGCAGAGUUGUGAUCUCUUUGAUGAGUUUGACAACAUACCCUGUAAAAAGUGUGUGGUGGUUGGUAAUGGAGGAGUUUUGAAGAAUAAGACAUUAGGAGAAAAAAUCGACUCCUAUGAUGUAAUAAUAAGAAUGAAUAAUGGUCCUGUUUUAGGACAUGAAGAAGAAGUUGGGAGAAGGACAACCUUCCGACUUUUUUAUCCAGAAUCUGUUUUUUCAGAUCCCAUUCACAAUGACCCUAAUACGACAGUGAUUCUCACUGCUUUUAAGCCACAUGAUUUAAGGUGGCUGUUGGAAUUGUUGAUGGGUGACAAAAUAAACACUAAUGGUUUUUGGAAGAAACCAGCCUUAAACCUGAUUUAUAAACCUUAUCAAAUCCGAAUAUUAGAUCCUUUCAUUAUCAGAACAGCAGCUUAUGAACUGCUUCAUUUUCCAAAAGUGUUUCCCAAAAAUCAGAAACCUAAACACCCAACAACAGGAAUUAUUGCCAUCACAUUGGCAUUUUACAUAUGUCACGAAGUUCACCUAGCUGGUUUUAAAUACAACUUUUCUGACCUCAAGAGUCCUUUGCACUACUAUGGGAAUGCCACCAUGUCUUUGAUGAAUAAGAACGCGUAUCACAAUGUGACUGCAGAGCAGCUCUUUUUGAAGGACAUUAUAGAAAAAAACCUUGUAAUCAACUUGACUCAAGAUUGACUCUACAGACUCAGAAGAUGAUGCUAACAGUGUUAGUUUUAUUUUUGUACUGCAAUUUUUAGUUUAAAAUAUGUUGAUCGCACUCGUCAAAUAAUUAUGUUUAUUGUCUGUUGCUGCCUGGUGCUUCAUAACCACCAGCUUAAUUUCUGUGAAUACUGUAUAUUUAACUUAUGAAAACCAAGAAAGGUUAAGAUACCGGGAAAAUAAGUUUGGAUUGCUUUGUUUUUAAAAUACACUAGUUUUCUGAGGUGUUUUUACACGUCUUUUUAUAGUAACUUCAUCUUAGAUUUUUGAAGGGAUAUGACUUCCUACUAAGGAUUUAGUUUACCACAACAAUUCUGACUGUAGUAAGACAUUUUGAGAAGUAUAUUUGGCUACGGUAAACAUGGCUCGUGGAAAAUCACAUGACUGUGGCUUGAUGUAGCAAGCUGAAACCACUUGGCUCUGGAAAUCUAAGUUCAUACUGGUUUAAUUAAGCUCUCCCCUGACAACCCCAGAAUUAAAUGAACCGUGAUUGUGAAGAGUAAUUUGGUACAAUGAAGGCAGUGUUUUUAAGUUAAAGGAAAUAGGCUAAACAUAAAGUUCUAGAUAAGUAAAUAACUAAAGAAUACAGUUACUAAAGUCUGAUGGCUUUGUAUUAGUUUAAAGAAAUGAAGUUUAACUUUAUACAAUGAAGCUAAGCUAGGCAAGUUCAAGAAGGAAAAAAAAAAUCUUGAACAUUAUUUUUUUUUGCCUGACUUAUUCAUUAAAUUUUGAAGGUUUUCCACUUGAAGUAAAUUAGGAAAGGUAUAUAAGAUAACAGAACAAGUAAACACUUAAGAAAAGUCAAGCUGAGGCCGGGCAUGGUGGCUCACACCUGUAAUCCUAACACUUUGGGAGGCUGAGGGAGGCAGCUGGAUUGCCUGAACUCAGGAGUUCAAGACCAGCCUGGCCAACAUGGUGAAACCUCAUCUCUACUAAAAUACAAAAAAAUUAGCUGGGCGUCAUGGUACGCACUGUAGUCCCAGCUACUCGGGAGGCUGAGGCAUGAGAAUUGCUCGAGCCUGGUAGGCAGAGGUUGCAGUGAGCUGAGACUGCGCCACUACACUGCAGCCUGGGUGACAGAGCGAGACUGUCUUCCAAAAAAAAUAAAAAGUGAAGUUGGCAUUUUUGGAUUUAAAUGGUAAAAAAAGAAAAUCUCAUUUUCCCAUGAUAAAAGCUAAUCUUCAGAUGGAAAGCUUGCCUGGCUACCUAGGGUGCACCAGAGAAUCUGAUCCAAUGCAAGCCAGUCAAGCCUACAAAUGUGGUGAGGUAGUCUCCCUUCCUGUAUUUUAAUAAAUGUAACCAAAGGCCAUCUGGAGGUGGGGGAAUGAGAGGUGAAGGAACAGAACAAUAGAGGUUAUAAGGAUGGAACUAAAAGUUGUCAGAAGAGAUAUGAGCUGAAGAAAGAAUUACUCUCUUUUGAGCAAUAAAUACAAUUGGAAAACACUGGAAAAA